AUGAGUACACCUGCUGCAGAACAACGUAAAUUGUUGGAACAACUUAUGGGUAGAGAUGGUGGAUAUGAACAACAACAUCAUCACGGUGGUAGAGGGAGGUAUGGUGUAGUUCAGAAGGAUCUGGGACUACAUGAUGCUAGAAUUUGUAAGUCCUAUCUGGUUGGUGAAUGUCCUUAUGAUUUAUUUUUGGGGACAAAACAGAGUAUGGGUAGAUGUCCCCAGAUCCACUUGGCCAAGUAUAGGAUACAGUAUGAGAAGGAAGGAGGUGGGUUUCCUGAAUUUGAAAGAGAGUAUUAUGCCAUUUUAUCCAAGUUUGUGAAUGAGUGCAAUGGUCAAAUUGCGGUUGCUUUGAAGAACUUGGAACAUACCCCCGAGGAGAGGGAAAAGAUCAAUAAUGUUACUCAAGAAUUAGAUGUGCUGGAUACAAAGAUAGGUCUUAUGGAUCAAGAGAUUGUGAGUCUUUUGAAAGCGGAUGAAGUGUCGAAGGCAAUGGCCCAAUCCUUGAAAUUGGAAGACAUGAAGUUGGAAAGAGUAGAAGUAGCUAAGAGAGUAAGAAAUAUUACUGAAAAUGUAGGACAGAGUGCACAACAGAAGUUGCAAGUUUGUGAAGUAUGUGGAGCUUAUCUAUCUCGUCUGGAUACAGAUAGAAGAAUAGCUGACCACUUCCUGGGAAAGAUUCAUCUUGGUUACGUUAAGAUGCGUGAAGAAUUAGAAACACUGAGAAACAAACAGAAGAAGAGAACGCUGAAGUAA